AGCCGAAGGGUUCCGAAGUGUCAGAAACGAACCGCUCACACUGCGGCAAGUCUCCUGUAACCUUUUUAAUUUUCUUCUGGAACUGUAAUAAACCAAUGUCCCCGAUGUUUUGCUCAUGAUAAUAAUGAAUCUAGCCAUAACGAGAAGUGUAUUAGUGGUGUUUGAUCGUCUAGAUUGUUUGUGAGUGUUGUAAAAAUAAACGUUCAAACUGGCGACCGACAGUGAUAGCAAGUCAAACAUGGCUUCUUCGGCGAGAAUUAUCCAAAGUAAUUCCGCCUGGUUUCAGAAGAAAAUCAAUUUGAGGCCGCAACACAGGGGCGUACAUCUGGUCACUGAAGAGAUCCUCAGGCAGGUGCCCGAGCUGUCGCAGUUCGCUAUGGGCCUCUGUCAUGUACAGAUCCUACACACCAGCGCCAGUCUGGCACUCAACGAGAGUUGGGAUCCAGACGUUCGAGACGACAUGGAAAUGAUGUUGAACAAGAUCGUGCCAGAAGGGUUGCCCUAUAGGCAUUCCUGCGAGGGCCCUGACGAUAUGCCGGCCCACGUCAAGGCGUGCUUCCUGGGCUCGUCGUUGACCAUACCAAUAACCGAGGGCAAGCUGAACCUAGGGACGUGGCAGGGCGUCUGGCUGUGCGAACACAGGGACCACGCGGGCUCACGUAAACUGCUCAUAACCUUAAACGGGUGUCUGCGCGACGCCACGUGCACUCCCCUGUCUCCCGUCAGCCCAAUGGCCAGCACGAGCAGUUAGGGAAAACACUCGGGUCAUUCUUUGUCAAAGCAUUGAAUGACUCGAGUGCCUCAACAUAAUUUAAAUGAAUUGCAACAACUAUUACCAACAAAAAAGGAAAAAAAUCACCAAAAAAAUACAUAAUACAACCUUCAGCUACGAGCUAGUGUCACGCACAGACUUAAAAAAUAUUAAACUUACGACAAUAUGUACAUAGCUGUACAUUGUAUAUUACGGUAUGUCCUCUCGGUUUUUAUUGAUAGGGUGAUACAAAAAAUAUAGGCGGUUAUGUAAUUGUUUUAGGUGCUGUGCGUUCAGUUUUUCUAUUUUUAUUAUUAAGAGUUAAUUUGUGCAAACCGAACAAGUUUUUGGGAGUGUCGUUGGUGAGUCUACAUUGUUCCUUCUGUUUUUAUUGUAAUAAGAAAACGAGUUUGUUGACCGUCAAGGAGGUGGCGAUUCGUAGCGGAAGCGCCGCAAGAUGGACGCGACACACGGCAGAAACACAUAACCUUUCACUAAAAUUGCCUUAAACCGAUAACGAACUAACUCACCAUCAAACCACAAUCCUCUAGUACCGAUCUGUGACAAUAAAAGAACCCGUCGUUCGAUUUUCGUCGUACGUUUCCGGUACGAAUCGACGUUGUUCCUUCGUCUUAAGUGUACAUAAUAACAUUACGGGUUGUAAAUAAUGUGUGUUGUUACGGACUGAUGCUGUCUGUCUUCCUCCCUUUUAGCAAUAUCCAUUUAGUCUAUCUCCUCGUCCCGACCCACUUUUGUUUAUGUUGAUAUUGUUUACAAUCGGCAUACAACGAGCGUUUUUUGUUUGUUUGCUUUUAGUUGCUACUGUGACAUACAGGGUACGUAAAUUGAUAGUUCCGUUGCGUGUUUGCACGCGCCCUCUGGAUGGUCGUCCGUUCACUUUAUAUGUAGCACGUUGUUAUUUACACGAUUUUUCCCGGAUAAUCACUAAAUUGGGGUGAGGCGAAACUCGACAAAUCGUGGCUUACCUUACGUUGACACAUUCCAUUCGAAUUGUAUAACGCCAUCUGACGGCAUUUAUUUUACUUUUGUAUUGCAUGUUGGGUCGUUUGUUGACGACAUGUUUUUUGUUUUAUAUAUUUUAUUUCAUAUUAUAUUGUUUUACAGAA